AUGAUUAGGAUUCCAAAUAAUUAGGUACAUGAGACCCAACAAAUUUAGGAGGCCAAUUAGGAUCCAUUAAUAAAGUAGCAGCAUUAGGUACUGCAUCUUAAAUUGUAUUUAUUUCUUCUAUCUUUCAGCCGAUUAAGGUCUAUUCUUUUAUGUCUGAUUCUUUAAGGUGAUUAAUUUCCUUAUUAGUUUGCAUUGCAUCCAAGGAUGGGACAUUCAAUAGAGUACUUAUUUCUAAAAUAACUUUUUAGGCAGUGUUCACAAUAUCUAUGUUUACAAAAAAUGUUGUUUGCUAAAUCUACUUUUGCUAGCCCACAUAAGGAACAAGUCCUUAAUGUUAUUUAAAUAUCAAACUCACCAUAUUAUACCUCACCAGAAUAAUUGAAAAAUCCAUACUAUUAAAAUUCUUUAACAAUAUAAACCAUUUCUUUAGAUACUUUUCCUAGUUCUUUUAAGUAAUAGUUUUUUUUAUAAUUCAUUUUUACAAAUCUAAUUCCGGACUUCACAAUUGAUGUCUUAUUCCUUAGUUGCUUAUAAGCCAAUGCAAAUCCUUCUAAACAUAUCGAUGUUUUUUUAUAAAAUAUUAUCUGCUUUCAAUUUAAAAAUCAAUCCUCUUAAUUAAUGUACUGUAUGUCAAAAAUAAUAAAUUUUCAAUGUUUCUUUUUCCAAAUAUUCAUAAAUCUCAGUCAACAUUAAUGUCUGCUCCCAGAUUGCUAAUUAUUCAAUCAAGAGUAAAAAUUAUGCAGCCUUUGGAUUUUUGAAUACUCUUAAAUAGCCUUUAUAGACAAUUUAGUCACAGGUACUAUCGAAUAUACGCUGAGUACCAUUCUUUUUCUGUUAUUAUUUUAAUUAAUGUCCAAAAAAUAAACAAAUGAUAAUCCUGAUAGAUAUAAAGGUGAUGCUGGCAAUUUCCAAUCUUUAGAAAGUGAUGAUGGUCCAGGACCUAUGAAAUCUAUUGAAGGAUGGAUUGUGAUUGUUAAAGGCAUUCAUGAAGAAGCUCAAGAAGAUGAUGUGUUUGAUGCUUUUAGUAAAUAUGGACCAAUAAAAAAUCUACAUUUGAAUCUAGACAGAAGAACUGGAUUUGUUAAAGGAUAUGCCUUAGUUGAAUUCAAUGAAUAUACUCAUGCAUCUGAUGCAAUUAAUGGGAUUAAUAAAUCAGAAGGCAUUUGCGGUAAAAAGGUUCAAGUUGAUUGGGCAUUUAAAAAGCCCUCUCAAGAAAGGAGCAUUAAAAUAAACUAAAAAAUAAUGAUUUAGAAUUUAUAUGGUUUUUAUUAAAUAAAUAAGAAGUAGAAACAUUAUGAUAAAAAUCUAGUUUUUGUAAAAUAUUGA